AUGAUCCUAAUUAAUCACAUCCGACAAAUUGUCUGCAUUUCAGACUCUUACCAGUCUUUUAAAAUUGGCACCGAUAUGUCAAACCUCCACAUUAUUGAAGAUGGAGCCAUUAUAAUCCAAGGAGAACGAAUUUAUGAGCUUGGCUCUUCCAAUGACAUAUUGUCCCACUACAGUCCAGACAAUUUCACAGAAAUCUAUGACGCCUCUGAUAUGUGCCUCAUCCCAGGACUCGUAGAUGCCCACACUCACGUCGUAUUUUCUGGUGAUCGCGUGCAUGAAUUCGCUAUGAAGCUUGAAGGAAAAUCUUAUAUGGAAAUCCAAGCAGCAGGCGGUGGCAUCACUUUUACUUAACUUAACUUAACUUAUUAACCAUCACGUUUAACGUCUCCUACGGGGUUGCUCUUCCAGGACUAUCACCACACUCUCGUCGCUCGGGGCCACUAGUUGCUGGGACAACUAGCUUUGAUCUCCAACGCGCGCCUCCUGCACGAUGUUCCGGCUUCGACGGCUCAUGAUUGAGCUACUUUCUCUGCAACGAGGGUUGUCUGCUGGGAAAUUCCAAAAAAUGGAAUUUCUGGCCGACUUUCGGCAAAAGAGGAAAACUUGUAGCCCGGGGCGAAACUCCCGGUUUCUCGCUAGAGAUUUGCCCGAAUGGCCUAGGGAUUACCUGUAGGCGCUGCUGGGCUUCUCCUUUCCAACUCCAAGCCUCCUCUUCCCUCGAGGUAAAAUCCUAACCCGAGAACGGACUGGGAUCAGGCUCUGUACACUGCCAGAAUUGCUUACCUGAUGUUGCUGUCCAUCUAUAGCUAGGCAAAACCUUGCCGGAUAUAAUUAAAUAGGGCUCGAAACUGUCUGGCCGAGAGGCCAGACCCCAAGUUGAGACGCCAUAUUUAAUUAUGGGCAUCACUUUUACAACUUCUCAUGUAAGAGAAAGCUCUGAAGAAGAACUCUAUAACUUAUUGAUACCACGACUUGACAGAAUGCUCGCAUUUGGCACAACUUUAGCAGAAGCCAAAUCUGGGUAUGGGCUAGAGCUUGACUCUGAAGUAAAAAUGCUGAAAGUCAUUAAAAAGGCGAAUGAGGAGCAUACAAUUGAUCUUGUGGCUACUUAUUUGCCAGGGCAUGCGGUAAAUCCAGGAAAAACAGCACAAGAGAUGGUGGAUGAUAUAGUAAACCACCAAAUUCCUGUGAUAAAACAGUUAAAAGAUAACGGUGAAAUUAACCCAGAAAUGAUUGAUGUAUUUUGUGAAAAAAAUGUAUAUGAAAUAGAAGAAACUAAAGCAAUUUUGGAAGCUGGGAAAAGGAUUGGACUGGAGGCGAAUUUCCAUGGAGAAGAAAUAGAGUAUUUGGAAAGUGGGGUGUUAGCUGCAAGCGUUAAAGCGAGAGCUAUGAGCCAUUUAGAGAAUUUAUCCUAUUAAGAUAGUAUAAGCUUAAUAAUAAAUAGAAAAAUACUGCUAAAAUUUAAGGCAAAUAUAUUUUAGGAAGCAUAAGUGAACAAGCAAUACCUCUUAUGGCUGAAGCUGGAGUUAUUGGGGUUCUUCUCCCUACAACUCAGUAUCUAUUGCACUUAAAAACUCCCCCUGCAAGAUCUAUGAUAGCUAAUGGAGUUCCUGUCGCAAUUGGGACCGAUUUCAAUCCUAAUAUGUGGUGUUUGUCAAUGCCUUUAGCAAUGCACAUGGCUUGUGUCAAUUACAGGCUCAGUAUGGCUGAAGCACUUGUAGCUUCAACAUUAAAUGCAGCAGCCAGCAUGGGGAGAAGCCAAGAAUAUGGCUCAAUUGAGCCAAGAAAAUAUGCAGACUUAGUCUUUAUCAAAGCAGAAAGAUGGGAACAUUUAAUUUACCAAAUGGCAGACCCUCCUAUAGCAGCAGUUUGGAAAAAAGGAAAAAUAGUCAUUGAUAAAUAUGACAGAUUUAGAUUAAAAUAA